AUGCCGCCAAAGCAAUCUGCACCGCCCUUUAAGGCGGACGAGAGGGUAUUUUGCUUCCAUAUGGACAUGCUUUACGAGGCACGCAUCCUCGAGAUUCAGAGCGAGGACAACGACCUGUUCUACAAGAUCCAUUACAAAGGAUGGAAGAACACGUGGGACGACUGGGUGCGGCAGGACAGGCUGCGCAAGUUCAAUGACGAGAACAAGGAGCUGGCCCAUACGCUCAGGGAGAACGUCAAGGCACUCCAGGCGCAGGCCAAAGGCGGCGCCAGCGCCAGAUCAGCUGCCUUGAAGAAGGUAUCUGUGACUGGCCAACGCACCGGUGUCGACUCUUCAAGGGGGAGUGAGGAGCGUACUGCACAACAGGCGACGUCGAGCGGAAGGGGCUCUAAGCGACAGCGGGAUCACGAUCUUGAAGAGGUAUCGGCAAACAUGUCGAAACGCAAAUGGGGCGCCGAUACACCAUUGGAAGAAGCUCUGUCAUACGAGCAACAGCUCAUUCGAGCGCACACGAGAAAAUGUCACGAUUAUCUCACGGAUCUUCCACAACAAAACUACCGCUAUGUGGAUGCGAAAGGGGAUAUCGCGUUCGAAACUUCCCGCUUUAGGACUCAACCCACACGGGGAGCGGUCCAUCCCAAAGUCAUAGAGAAGCGGAGAAGACGUAGAGCAGAUUCGACCUACGAGCAGUAUUACCAGCAUAUGCCCAAGGAUCAUAACAUUCCCCUUGCAGGCAAACCAUCCGCCAAGCUGGCUCUGAUUGAGGCCGAAGAGGCUCUCGCAGUCAGAAAGGACUCGGGCAAGAUUACUUAUACUGAAAAUGAUGCAUCCUCUGCACUGCUGUCGCCUCCGCUCUCCGCCACCACUCCAGUGGGCAUUAACCUGCCCUCCCCUGCCUCUCCGCCCAAGGGCCAGGGCGAGGGGGAAGGAUCAUUUCCUCCAACGCCCGAAAAGGAGGAUGCAUUCCAGAAUCGACCAUCGAUCAAACUUGUAAUGCCCGAUCACCUCAAGGCAAUGCUCGUCGAUGACUGGGAAAAUAUUACCAAAAGCCAGCAGCUCGUGCCUCUGCCACACCCGCACCCAUUUGACGAGAUAGUCAAGGAGUAUAUGGACUGGGAGAUCCCGCAUCGCCCAGAAGACUCAGCCGAGAAGGAUCUUCUCGAGGAGACCAUGGCUGGGUUACGAGAGUACUUCAACCGGGCUCUCGGGCGCAUCUUGCUAUAUAAGUUCGAAAGAACGCAAUUCAUGGAGAUUUCAGAGCAGUGGGAAUCUCCCAAAAAUGAUGGGCAUAAGUGCCCGGCCGAUACAUACGUGAGCCUUCCCGAGCUUGUUGCUCAAACAAACAUGGACCAGCAAUCAGUCAACCGUCUCCGCGAAGAGAUCACCAAGUUCACCAACUGGCUGGGAAAGAACUACACAAAGUAUUUUGUCAGCGAAUAUGAGACGCCCGGCCCCGAUUACAUUGAGAAGUCGCGGAGCGCCUGA